AAAAAUUAGGAUUUCGCACCCCUUGGUAUGAAAUCCUAACUCCGCCACUGGACCCUGUUUAUGCACAUUGUGACAUUGAUAUCUAUGAGGCCUGGAUCGUUGUAUAUUUAUUGAAAAGUACACUAGUGGCUUUAUUCUAUCAUUUUGAAGUUCCCUGAGCUCUGCAUGUCAUACAGAAAAAUACUGGAAGCAUUAGUUUCUUUAUUCUGCUGUCAAGGAUGCUGCUGCUUACAGCUCCUCUCCCCAAGUUCAUUUGGUGCGGUUGACAUUCCCCUGCAGCGUUUGGGUUCCAUCACCCUUGAUAAUGUUGAAAGAGAGCUGAGACCGGUCAUAGGUGUUGACACAGAAGCUGCAAACAUCACCCGCAAUCUUGAAGCUGUUCAAGCUGUGCUGGAGGAUGCUGAGAGCAGACAGCUGAAGGAGGACAUUGUGAGGCUUUGGCUGAAUGAUCUUACACAACUUUGCUAUGAGAUGGAAGAUGUGUUGGAUGAGAACACUGAAGUUCAAAAAGCCGAAUGGAGAAACAAGAAAAUGGAGGUGAAGAUGGCAUUGUUGCCAAGAAGAAGGUGCGGCAAAGCGGGCAAACGCCCCUAUGUCAAUUACAGCAGACAAAAGAUCAGCUGAUCAGGAGGGAGACUAAAAGAGGAAAGCAAAGCCUGUAACAUCUGCAUAUUCCUUAAAAAGUUCUCUGUGGUAUGCCUCCGGCAAUGCUUCUGAGACGGCGGUGAAUCUGAACUGGGGAGACGAAGUUUGUCAAUGUCGGGCGAGCCCUCUGUGUGAUUUAGUGUUCUCUCGAGGCUUCUAUUUUGAGAGAACUCUAUGUCCAGCCAUCACUAAG